GGGGAUCGUAGCAGCAUUUGACAGGUGGUGGGGCAUGGUACAGGCACCCGGCAGUGGGCGAAUGAAGGUAGGUCGAAGUGGAUUGCAGUGGUAGGUUCGCUGAUAGGUCCAUUGAUAGGGUGUGUUGGUAAUACUCUUGCGGGCAGAGAGUUUAUGGUUUGCUGGCAAGGCAUGAGGUUACGAAUAUUGGGAUAUCCAGCUGUCUCAGUGAUCUUAGGUUCGCCGCCAACUACAACAAGCUGCUGCCGUGCCGGAGCUGUUGACGAAAAUGUGCUUUUAGUAUACUGAUGUCUGCCUAUGAGGCAUUGGAGCGUGCGCUACCCAAUUCCUAAACAAAUUCUGCUAUUGCUGCGACUGCAAAAUCCAUAGAUGCAAAAUUCUACGUAAAGUACAUCCUCCUGAAAUGCAACAUUCUACAGUUGACCGUGUGGGCAAGUGGAUUUACUUCAUCAUUCUUGGGGUUGUGUCUGUGUUCGCAUGGUAUGUGAUCAAUGCAGUCUCUGAAACCCUUUUGUUGCCCUCCUUUCCUCAGAACACAAGCACAUCAAGUCUUGAAACACCAUUCUUCAACACCACCUUCAAAACAAAUGCCACUUGUGUAUCCAACCAAAUCAGGGAUGCAUCAUCAGAUUAGCCCCCUGGGCCUCUAAGUAAGAAGAUCAAGGAGUUCUUUAAAUGUAUCCUUGGCCAUUAUAUAUAUCCCUGCGGUUAAUCAUUACCCCAGUUUUGAUGUUCUUCACGGUUUGUCUUUGCGCAUGGGCGAAGGCUGUCAUGCACUUGAUUCAUGUUCUUUUUGAAAGUGAUGUUUCCAUAGAAACAGGUAGAGUCGAAACAUCCAGAGUUUGGUCACGUAUGGGAUAUUUUUAAUUGCCUCCAUUUCGUUCGGCAUAGUUAGCAACUUUGUUUUGGCAAAUCAUUUGUCAAUCCUCAAAACCUCAAUGGCUGAAACAGUGUACAAUUGGGCCGAAGAGUGCACCAUUCGCAAUAUUGGACAUGUGGAACCUCCCUACUUGGCCAAACGCAUUGAUCUCCUGUUGUUAAAUAGCCGAUGUCAAGUUAUCCUCGAUCCAGACUUCUUGAAAUCUGUGUUUCCAAAACCCUUUGCCCUUUACCACAAAAUAUUUAGCUUUUCAUAAAUAUAGAACAUCCACCCC